AUGACCAAAUUCUUCUCAGCUUAUGACCAGCUCGUGGUUUGCUUUCGCGCUGCUUCUGACGCUUGGGAGCAACAAGAAGCCAACUCCAAAUCUUCUCUGACGCCGCACCUUCUUCUACACACCUUGUUCAGCCCCGCGGAGGCAUUUGAUAUCAUGAGAUCAGAGACUGAUCUCUUGAUCAAAAUUCUCAAGUACUCAUCCAUUAGCUGGAUUGUAGCUGGGCUUUUUCUUGCUUCUGUACGUGUAUUUGACCAUCUCUCCAUCUUUCUUGAUUAUGAUAAUGAACGCGAAUCGCUCAAGGAUGCCGAUGGGAUGUUUUACGCCAUUGCAGUCAUUGCAUUUGUCAAAGUCAUUCGCUCUUCGUUCAAGAUAGUUAAAAGUGGCAAGAUAGGCUCAUGUGAAAUUCCAACAGAAAACAUUAUCGAGAGAAGCAAACGCGCUUUCAAAAGCAAGAAGAGAUUCCCUGGGGCAGGAUGGUGGCGAAAUACUGAAUUGGCAAGCCACGAGCUUUGUGCGGUUGAUCUACCGCUUCAGCAACCGAUCAACGAACCGUCUCAAAAUCAGAUCGAACUGGAAAAAGGCUAUAGUAAGGUCAAACAGGAUGUUUUUGAAAAAAUGACUGAGAGCUGA